AUGCCUCAGCCUAAACUGUCGUCCGAAAGUGCUUCGGGCUCCAGAAGUCGCUCGGCUUGCUAUGCCUGUAGGGCAAGGAAACAGAAGUGCGAUGGCAAUAGAGGUCCUGCAAAAGGCUAUAUCGAGGCGCUGGAGAUCCGACUGAAGGAGACAGAACGGAUGCUCUGGCGGAUCCUUGCCACUUGUCAGCAAGAAAACUUGACAGCGGCCUUCUCUCCUGAGGUACAAGAUCGGAUACCGCAACUCCUCUCCGUUGAGACUUUGAGCACGACGGAGGAGAAGAAGUCCGCCAUCGCCUUUUGGGAACAGUUUCCUCUGCAUACCGCCGAGGACGUAGUCAUAUGGAAGGAGCAAGUCGAGAACCCGUCUGCAACGGAUAUCACAGGCUUUGGAGUGAAUCAGGACCAGCAAUCGCGCCUGACGAAUACUCCGAGUGAAUCACAAGAUCAAGAUCCGCCGUCUCCAAUGGAUGAAGACAAAGACCCGACAUCAAUGGCCAUGAUUCCAGAUCCCCAAGACCUUGCUGACACAUCCUCCCGAACGCCUCAGAUGGCCAAUGUACGCCAUCGAGGGUCUUCUGCCUCUGUAUCCAAUCAAGGCACGGCAGGUGGGAGGUUUUCUCUCUCUAAGGAGUUUCAGGACACUUUCCUUUGGUGA